CGGGAAUAUGACUUCUCCCUUGUACGAAACUCCCGAAGCCGCGUGGCAAUUCUUCGAGUUGCCAAAUUUCAGCUGGUCUCUCGUCGCUGCUUUGAAGUAACAACCUCUACCUCUUUCUAUCUCUUCAUUCACAAAACUCUUUGCGGCUGUCGAAAGGCACACCCGGAUCGAGUAGAGCAGAUCAAGUCCACAAGCUCAAGCGCAUCGCAUCUUUCCCUCACAAAAGCUCCUUGCUACCAGUCUAUUUCAACUAGGCAUCCUUCAAAAUGGUCCGAGUCUCCGUUCUUAACGAUGCCAUGAACAACAUCGUCAACGCCGAGCGAAGGGGUAAACGUCAGGUUCUCAUCCGACCCAGCUCCAAGGUCGUCGUCAAGGUCUUAUCCGUCAUGCAGAAGCACGGAUACAUUGGCGAAUUUGAGAUCAUUGACGAUCACCGAUCCGGCAAGGUCGUCAUCCAGCUCAACGGACGAUUGAACAAGUGUGGCGUCAUCUCUCCCCGCUUCAACGUCGGAGUCGACGAGAUCGAGAAGUGGGUCAACUUGCUCCUUCCCGCUCGAUCCUUCGGAAAGAUCAUCCUCACUACCUCUGCUGGAAUCAUGGACCACGAGGAGGCCAGGCGAAAGCACACUGGUGGAAAGAUCCUUGCAUACGUCUACUAGAUGCAUAUAGGGAAU